AUGCUAGGACGGUUUUUGACAUUGAGCAGGCAGCUUUACACCAUGAGGCUUCAGUCUGAUGAUUUCAAGGCUCUGUUCACAGAUGGGUUGAAGACCCUUACAAGUGAGUAUUUGGAGACUUAAAGUAGCUCUGUCACUACCAAGGUUUAAUUAACACAACCCAACAAUGAUCUGAAAGUUAGCUGUGUGUCAUUGCCCUAAUGUUUUUUAUAUAAUUAUCAGUAGUUUUCAUUAAUUAAAUUUUAUUUGUAAGGCAUGUGGUGUAAAUUCUAUUAAAACUUGCAGUAUCUGCAGGGGCCAUGCCCACAUACAGCAGUAUUAAAAUAAUACGCCGUCACUGGCAUGGCAUGGCAUCAUGAGGAGGCGAAGUCACCCUGAACAUGAAAGGGCAGCAGAAGGGUGUUUGUUUGUUACUUACGUCUACUGCAGUAUUCACCCCAGUAAAUGCUUAAAGGGACACUAUAGUCACCUGAACACCUUUUAGCUUAAUGAGGUUGUUCAGGUGAGAACUAUAGCUCCCUGCAGCCUUUCUCAUGUAAACACUGUAUUUUCUAAGAAAAUACAGUGUUUACAUUGAAAGCUAGGAACACCUCCAGUUGCAGUCACUCAAAGUGAACCAGAGGGACUUCGGAGUUGAUGGAGGCAUGAUAUGCCUCCAUCCACUCAGAUCUGCUGUCAGCAGAGCACAGGGCAGCACUGUGCACAGCAUCCUGUGAUUCAGUAUCUCCUCCCUCUGCAUGCAGACACUGAACUUUCCUUAUAGAGAUUCAUUGAUUCAAUUCAUCUCUAUAAGGAGAUGCUGACUGGCCAGGGCUGUGUUUGAAUCCUGCUGGCUCUGCCCCUGAUCUGCCUCCUUGUCAAUCUCAGCCAAUCCUAUGAGGAAGCACUGUGAUUGGAUCAGGCUACCACAUGUCAGUAGACUUCUUGGUUUUUCUGAGUCUAACAGCAUGCAGAUUUACAGCUUCAGGCUUGAAUACAGUAAUAUUUUUACUAUAUUUAUGGAGGCAUGACGGGCCCGGGGGGCUAGAUGGUGGUGUUAACACUAUAGGGUCAGGAAUACACGUUUGUGUUCCUGACCCUAUAGUGAUCCUUUAAGUGUCAUUUACUGGGGUGAGGGAACAGACCUUUAUACUCAGAUAAAAUAUCUUUAGUGUUUUCCUAUAAACACAUUAUUUGCUCAUGCUGACCAGCAGUAUGUGAAAACUACUAUCCCUUAGUAUGUUUACCUGAGUAAUGUUCCUUGCGCAGAUUGCAAUUUAAAGAUCCCAAAAAGUAUUCUUAGAUACAGCAUGAUUUCUAUCUACUACAGGACAGAACCUUCCAUUUACUGUCCAACUGUAAGAACAAAUGUUAUGUGAUUAGGAAACUAAGAGGCCCAAUGAGUGAAUAAAACCGGUGUAAAUAUUACAAUGCAUUGUGUUUGGGGGGGGAGGCAGCAAGGAACCCAUGCGUCAUUAAUUCACUUACUGCACAGUAAGUGGGCGUUGUUCAUAUCUAUCGUAUCAUACAUUCAGUACAAUGUAAGGGAAAAUAAUAAAAAAUCUGAUUUAGAAUAUGUUCUGUAUAUGUAAAUAUAAGUGUCACAAGUUUUUUAUCCUAAUGAUGAAUGAAACACUUAAUUGCUAAAGGAAAUAUUAAUUAAUACUUGCCUCUACUCCAUUGAUGUCAGUGGUAAUAAUUUCUGUGAAUGCUAACAUUACCCUCUUCAGACAGACUUAAAAUUCAACCCCUCCAUUGUGUCUGAUCCUGCUGGUGAGCACAUACCCAGUUAGAGCAAUGAUAAAGUAAUUGGCAAUUCUUUGCCAAUGCUUUUGAAUCAGAAUCGAAUGUCAUCUGUCACUAUGUGCCUAUAUUCAAACAACAAAAACCAAAAUCACAGCAAAUUGAGCGCAGUGAUAUAGUAAACAUUCUGAAAUUAUUUUUAUUUUUUUAUUAUUCCCAGCACAAUAGUAUUGGCAACUCAUUAGUACAAUAUAAGAUUGUAUUAAAAUUGUCCUAUGCCCACUCCAAUUGAAAUAAAUGCAGUGAUGCUGUGAUUCCUACCUACUUGCAGAUCUUUUUGCCCAAGAGAAACAUGAAAUACGCAUAGCAGGAGGGGCUGUGCGAGAUCUCCUUGUGGGGAACCAGCCGCAUGAUGUAGAUUUUGCAACGACAGCAACCCCUGAUCAAAUGAAGGCGAUGUUCCUCAAAGCUGGGAUCCGAAUGAUAAACAACAAGGGCGAGAAGCAUGGAACAGUUACUGCCAGGGUGAGAUGUUCAUACUGGGUUUUUUUUUUAAGAGACACCCCACACACUUAAAACACUUUAUAUUGCGGAAGUGCUUUAUGUGUGCAGAGUUUGUUCUAUUUUGCAAGGCACCUGCAAAAUAGCUGCAUUGAGCAGUCUGUGAUUGGACAGCCACAGACUGGCUGGGCUGGGUUUGAAGGGAAGGGCUUGCAAAGGCAACAGACAAGAAGAUAUUUGCAGAUAUUGCAAUCUGUUUUGAGAUAUACCCCCAAUCAAGAAAAAAGAAUCGUAGUUCAACGUUUGCACAUUUUCAUUGGGACUAUGUCUAAUUGUUAAGAAAUAAUAAAAUAACUUUUUUCAAUUGAAGUGUUCCUUUAAAUAAUAGGAGCCUAUAAAAAGUCUGAUUGAAAGGAACAUUAUAGUGACAGGAAUACAAACAUAAGCAACUUAAAUGGUGAAUAUACUCGCCUUUAUACCUGUGCCGCCCAGAGAAAGCUCCACUCCGCCUCCCUGGCUGAUAUCAAAAUUGGUGAUCUCAGCCAAUCCAGAGGCUAUUGCACAUGCACGGCAAAACCCCACACUGCGCCAAUUAGCAUAUCCUCAUGUUUCUGUGCGUCAAACAUGUCUGGUUACAAUUACAUGUUUGUUAGUCCACCCAUUGUAAAGCACUUCAGAAUUUGUUGGUGCUAUAUAAAUAUAAUAAUAAUAAUAGACCAUACCUCUAUUCCCUCUAACAUGUACAUUUUCUUUUCUGGUUUCCAUUUUCCCAAUGUACCCUGCAUACUCUACUUCACUGCACCAUUAUACAUAUUGUGUGUUCUUUAUCCAACUCUUGGACUACUUUUUGUUUUUAUGGUGUUGGGAAGAGAGAGGUGCUGCUAGAACAGGCUUGGUUUUGGGGUAAUAGAUGAUGGCCACUAGUAAUGUCCCAUUACUUUUUUCAUCAACACUGCUCACAUUCUACACGUAACCUGCAUCUACCAUCAAAUAUACAUCAUGUGCCCGUAUAACGUCACCCCCAGGCAUAAAAGGGGGUUAAAAGCCGUUUAGUAGAUCUUCCCUUCCAGAGACACAGGCACAGCUACCGUAGACACCAAUACACCGAACUGGAGAACCAUAUGAAUGCCGUAAACAGCCGAAUAGGAAAAACCAUACGAAUAGGUUUACACUCCUAGCAGUCGAACUGGAACAGCAUACAAUAAAUCCCCCCCAAGAACAAGACAAGGCUCUGUUUUGAGGGUCAAGCAGGAACAGACAGAGCUGUGGGUUUAUUGUUCUUAUAUACACAUUCUUACACAUUAGUACAACCCACAGGGUUUUGGAAAACAACCAAUAAACACGUACAAUACACUCAGACACUCCCACCCAAAAUACUCCCCUCUGCCUGUGAUACUGUUACCUUACACAAUGGGUAAUGUAAUUAUCACAGGUAGAGAAAUACAGUUUUUCCACAUUCAUAAUUUUAAAAGUUUGCAUCACAAAAAACUUACAUUUUUGAGAAUCAGCAUACUCCAAAUACAAACAUACAUCAAAAUCAUACAAAUUGGUCCAGUGGUUCAAAAGAUAGAUCGUAGUCCUUUGUGACCAAAUGAAGCAUGGCUUUUCUGCCCAAAACCAGUUCCACAGAGUCUUCUAUCCUGGAGAUAAUUGGGAAGUAAUCCAAUUAUCUCCAAGGACAGAGGCAAAACUCCAUUGAACACAUGGCAGCAAAAGACAAUAAAAUACAUAAAAAUAUAUAACUGUGCAGCCAUUGCAUAAAACAGGUACAUUCAACAUAUCCCCAGAUAGCUCAGAUCUGAGCGCACAUUAUUACUGAAUGGCGCUCAGAUCACAUACAUACAGUUCAAUUGCCAUGGAGCCAAAGUCUUUCACAUAGUCUUUCAUUAUACAAAUGGGCUCCAUGGCACAGCUAUCUGGGGUAUCACCGCUCAAACAGGGCAAGCACUGAAUGACCCGGCUUUCGUGUCUUUGCAGGGGAAAAUCAAGCGUUUCAACAUGGGGCCAUAGUCUAAAGGGAGCAGGCGGGCAACCAGGCUCUUCCAAUGCAACGCUUAAAUGAUUAUUUUCUCCUUAUGGCAAUAACACUGUUCUGCAUUAUUGUCAUUCGACACACAAGUCCCAUUUAGUUGUAUUCUUAUAAUUAAUCAGUUAGGCGCUACAAAAGAGUUUAUAUUAUCCUGGUUCGGUAACUAUUAAGAUAUCAAAACAAACCAAAUUUAGCUAUCCAUUACAUAUUACAAUAAAGUGGCAAUUUUUAUAACUCCUUUUAUCUAAACCUAAGUGAAGCUUAAUAAAUAUCUGUGUGAGGUUAAAACUGUUCCUUUUUUUUGUAAGCAUCAAAUAAAAGAACAUUGAGUUUAUUUUUUAGGAAUAUUAACAUUUGUAUUUUGUCCUAUUGUUAGUUUUAUCAACUCUUGUGUCUUUUCAGAUCGAUGAUCAAAACUUUGAGAUCACUACCCUGCGGGUUGACUUGCAAACAGAUGGACGCCACGCAGAGGUGCAGUUCACCACAGACUGGAAAGGCGAUGCAGAGAGACGUGAUCUGACCAUAAACUCCAUGUUUCUGGGUAAUACAUCGUCACAGACCGAAACAUAGCACCAUCCGCAAGGGGGUAACUAUCAGGGUAAUCAGCUGUGCAGCUUCUUUGGUACUGUGAUUUGAUUUACUUCAUUACACAAUUAAGACACUUUGCACCUUCGAAAAUCUUAAAAAAAAAAAAAAAAAAGUGAGGCAUUUACACAAAUACAUUGCUCCAAUGGAUACACAGAUAGAAGUCACGGCUCCCUUUAAUAAAUCUGGAAGACUGACCAUAAAUAAAAAACAACUCACAUUCUGUGAUGUACCAGAGUCCAUAUAUCCUACCUCAUAAGACGUCAGCCUGCAAAAAUUGCAAGUAUAAAAUGCAAGAAUUAUGGUCUCCCUAUGAGCUUUUAAUGUUUAACUCAUAUACACAAACAGUUUGAGCGCCAUAACUAGGAAUCCAUUUUUCCCCUUUCUCUAUGAUUUGCCUAUUUCCUUUCUGUUACUCAUCAGGAUUUGAUGGGACCCUGUACGAUUAUUUUAAUGGCUAUGAAGAUUUGCAAAAACGAUGCAUUCGAUUUGUCGGAGACCCAGCUCAACGUAUUCAGGAAGAUUAUCUUCGAAUUCUGCGAUACCUUAGGUAAGAUGAAAGUUCUGUAGCUUUACUAUUGUUCUAUCCUAUAACCUCUGGGAGAAUGGAAUUUCUUCUGUGGAAUUUCCUUGAGUUGUUAUGAUUUUUCUCUUUUCAUUCUUACUGCCUGGAUGUAGGUUCUACGGAAGAAUUUCAGAAAAACCUGGAAUUCAUACAACUGCAACACUGGAUGCUAUCAAAGAGAAUGCCCCAGGCCUAAGUGGCAUCUCAGGGGAACGAAUUUGGGUGGAAUUGAAGAAGAUCCUAGAAGGAAACCAUGUGAACCACUUGAUUCAAAUAAUUUAUGAACUUGGAGUGGCACCUCAUGUGGGUGGGUAUUAUUUAAGAAACAUUAAAGAAACACUAUAGGUCAGGAACACAAAAUAUAGUAAAAUCAUACAUAUAAUCCAGUCUGCUGCUGCUGGUUCUGCCCCUGACUCGUCUACUUGGCUGACAUUAUCAUAAGUAGUGAUAUAAGCCAAUCACAAUGCUUUCCCAUAAGAAAGCAUUGGAUUGGGUGAGACUGUCAAGGAGGUAGAUCGGGGCAGAGGUAGUACAAGUUAAACCCGGCCCGGCAAAUCAGCAUCUCCUCACAGAGAUGCAUUGAAUCAAUGCAUCUCUAUGAGGAAAGUUCAGUGUCUCCAUGCACAGGAUGGAGACACUAAAUGUCAGUCUCGAGGAAGCACCUCUAGAAGCCAUCUUUAGGAGUGGCCAGUGGAGAUGGCCCUAGGCUGUAAUGUAAACACUGCAUUUUUCCCUUCAGAUUAGAGGCAGUGCUUUACAACAGGGGAUUUCUAAUCAGGAGAGAAAAAAACAGGCAGGCAAUCCCCAAAAUUUUCAAGAACCUCCCCCAAUUAACCUUAGUCCUCUGCCUGCCUUCGGCAGAGGAUGGUGUAAGGUGAGACGGCUGAGGCUCGGGAGGCUCUGCUUUUUUUUUUUUUUCUGACAUCUGCCAGGGAUAAGCACGCCGGACGUCUGCAUCUCCCCUGUUUGUAUUUGCUUUCGUCUGUGACAUGCAGACGAUGGUUCGCUUGCGUGCGCUAGCUGGGAGGUCCUGAUAGUGGAACACAAGUACAGGUUGCGAUGCUUUCCAUCAUGGAACGCGUUGCACAUGCGCAAUGCGAUUUCAAAAUUCAGGCGCCAAAAUUAUUUUUAUAUUUUUUUUUUUCUACCUGCUUCAAAAUUUUGGUUUCAAGAACUUAGAGAGGCUUUUUACCCAGCAGCAACUAACUGUUUGCCAGAUGCACUCAGAAUCUGUUGUAAGUGUGUUCUCACCUUCCCUCCAACACACUUUGAGGCCAUUUAAGGUAAGACUUUUUGCUUUUAUCUUAAAUGAGAAUAGCCUGAAUUGUAUUUCAUUUAAUCUGUGCUGUAUGUUCCCAACCCAGUUAUAAUCGUUAAACAAAAAAAGCACAGAUAAUACUAAGAACAAUGGUAAAACUAUAAUAAUGUAUUAGCUGCUAAAAACAUAAAAGAUUAUUCCUAAAAUCUUAAAUCAUAGUGCAUUGAAAGUGUAAGCUCUUAGUAGAUCGGUCCCAUAGUAGAUUCUAAUAGGUUCUUAUUUAUAUAUAUAUAUAUAUAUAUAUAUAUAUAUAUAUAUAUAGGCAAUUUUUGUGCAGAGCCUAAAUGUCUAUGCACACUUACCCAAUGGUGUGCAAGAUAUAAAUUUAGAGUAUUAGAUAGGAAUAUACCAAUAAAUAUAAAUUGUAUAAAAUAAUAAAGGUUUAAAAAAAAAAAACAAGUAUUCCUAACUAUUGCUAUAAAUAGCUGCUAACACAGUAUAAAUAAUCUCUAAAUGAUGCAACAGAGUCAGUGAGAUAUAAAAGAGUAAAGUGUUCCUGUGGAAUAUAUUACCACUCCUUCAGAGGCAGCAAGACCUGUAUGGCAAUUGGAGGCUUAACCGCUGGAUGAUAUCUUUAUGGAGGCUUAUAAUUUAAAAAACUUGUUCUUGUGUUCAGAUUGAUACUUUUGUAGCGGAUGGAUCUGUUAAAUGCCAGAAUCCCUGCUGCAGUGAAAGUUUCUUAGAGCAAGCAGUAGGCUUUAGUAAGCACUGUAGACAAAUCUCUGAAACUCUGUUGUAAUUAGCCUUACCUCCACUUCAACAUGUUUCACCUGAUCUCAGUUUCUUAAAGAUGUAGUCUGUUUUCUGCUGAGGCAGAACUUUUCCUGUGCUUCACUCUAAGGUUGCACGUUUGAGGUUUUCUGUGGUUAUUUUGUAAGUUUUAUGAAGUUUUAAUUCAAUGUCCUUUUAAAAUUAUUCCUUGGACCACAGUAUUAGGAAUUCUCUAUUACAUUUUCGUCCUCUUUAACCCCUUCCCGACCGCGGAUGGAUCAGGUACGUCUGGCAGAAAACUGUCCAUAAUGACCUUUGACGUACCUGGUACGUCCACAGCUAUUUUGAGCCCUGGAAGCUCUGAUAGUAUUGCAGUGAUGCUCUGCAUGUGCUGAGUGCCUCUAUGGGUCCUGCCACUCAGUGCAUAUAUAAUAAUAUAUAAAAAAAUAUAUAUAAAAUGAUCAAUAUUAACCCCCCUCCCCCUUUCUAAAGGCAGUGAAUCAUGGGGCUUCUGGGGGUGUCCCUAGCAUGCCUCAUCAUAAGGGGCAGGCUGGGGUCAUCCAAUCACAGCUUGCUCCAUUAGCAAUUUCAUCCCAAGUGUGUUCCCCAUUUCUCUGAUUAGUGUGGAUCUGCCUCCCUCUCUUCACUUGUGUUUUAGUGAGAGAGGGAGAGAGAUCUGUGGUUUAGCUAGAGAGAUUUAGGUAUUUAUAGGUAGGGAUUUGUAAAAUCUUGAGACCCAAAAGCUCUUUUCAGAACGAUUAACCCCUGUCCUGCCAGUGAUCACUAUACAGAUCACAGGCUCUUGCACAGCAGCACUUAUUUUGCUGUCUGUUCAUUUUUUAGGGGUUAUUUUUUUUGUCUUUUUUUUUGUGACAGGUCACUAAGUAAAGUGAUUGUGAUCAUGUCACAUGGGUCACGGAAGUCAACCAGCGCUGAGCAGUCAUAUGCCACCCUUGCGCUAGAGUCUGACGCGUCUAUGUCAGACUCUGACCCUGAUUUUGACCCAGCCAGGUGCUCAGAUACAUCAUCACUAGAUACAGUGUCUGCUGCUAGUGAUGUAUCUAGUGAUGUUGUAUCUGUGCCUGCUAGUCCCCCUGCCAGAAGGAGACGUGCUGCUACAGCUGGCAGAACUGCUGAGGAGUGGGUAGUGCCUCAUCGCCAGAGGCCAGACAUCCCAUCCUUUACUGCAAAUCCUGGCAUUAAUUUGGAUGUCACAGGAUUUAGCCCUCAGCAGUUUAUGGAGGUGUUUCUGGGCGAUGAUGUAUUGGGGAACAUUGUCACCCAAACUAAUUUAUAUGCCCAUCAAUUCUGAGCUACAAAUACUGACUCUUUUUUUUGGCAAAGCGGCAAUGGGCCCCCAUCGAUGUGCCAGAAUUUAAAAGAUUCUGGGCAUUGAUUAUGCUGAUGGGCAUCAUAAAGAAGCUCUCCAUCCGCUCCUACUGGAGCAGUAGCCCCAUCUGCUCUACCCCCAUUUACUCCCAAUGUAUGUCGAGAAAGAGGUAUGAAAUGAUUCUGCAUUUCAUGCACUUCAGCGACAACAGCCUGUGUCCCCCUAGGGAGCAUACCCAGUUUGACAGGCUGUAUAAAAUCCGCCCCCUGAUUACCUACUUCGCUGCCAGAUUUGCAGAGGCUUAUAAACCUGGAAGGAAUAUAUGCGUUGAUGAAUCCCUGAUGAAGUAUAAGGGAAGGCUGGGAUUCAAGCAGUAUGUUCCUUCCAAGCGCUCUGGGUAUGGUGUAAAGAUGUAUAAGCUCUGUGAUAGCGAGACUGGGUAUACUCAGGCCUUCCGGGUGUAUGAGGGAAAGGAUAGCCACCUUGACCCUCCAGGUUGCCCAGAACAUAUGGGAACCAGUGGCAAGAUUGUCUGGGACCUGAUAUUCCCCCGAUGAACAAAGGGUACCACUUGUAUACUAACAAUUUUUAUACGUCCCUUUGUUCAAACUACUUUACUGUUUUAAUACAGUAGCUUGCGGCACAAUUAAAAAGAACAGCAUGGGUUUCCCAGGACAACUUGCACGUACCCGGCUACGAAAGGGGGAGACCUCAGCUCUGCGCCAAGAGGAGCUGUUGGCAGUUAAGUACAGAGACAAGAAGGAUGUGUACCUUCUUACCACCAUCCACACUGAGGGGACUGUGGAGGUCCCUGUACGUGGCAGAGCUGAGAGAACAAGGAAGCCAGUGUGCAUCAAGCCCUAUAACCGGCAUAUGGGUGGGUUUGAUCUGGCAGAUCAGCUGCUGCAGCCCUACCUAAUUAUACGAAAGACAAGGGCCUGGUACAAAAAGGUUGCAAUCUACCUAAUGCAGAUUGCAACCCACAACGCUUUCUUGUUGUUCAAAAAAGCAAACCCCGGGACGCAACUGAGAUUUUUACAGUUUCAGCUCCAGAUCAUUUCGGGGAUUUUGUACCGUGAUGCACCUGCUCCCCGGGCGGUGAUGGGAGAGAGCAGAGUUGGGGCUACACAUUUUAUUUUUAAAAUUCCCCCUACUGCGGCAAAGCAGAAUCCCCAAAAAAGAUGCAGGGUCUGUUCUAAGAGGGGGCAGAGAAAAGAUAGUGUAUAUCACUGUCCUGAUUGCCCUGGACAGCCUGGACUCUGCAUUGGAGACUGCUUCAAACUAUACCACACGGUGGUCCAUUUUUUAUUUAUUUUUUAUUUUGCCGUUCAGUUUUUUUUUUUUUUUUUUUUUUUGGUUUUGUUACAUUUACCCCGUGCAUGGGGGGGCAUGGGUGUCCUUAGGAGGCCUUGCAGAAAACAACCUGGGGUGUUUUCAGGCAAUAACCAACAAGGGGUUCUCCUAAAUCACAGUGAAAAAGCAGUGUGCGUGUGUAAAAAUGAGGAUUGGACAGUUACCUCCACACACGUUCUUCAACUUUUUUUGACUUAAAUGAUUGCAUCUAAGGCAUCAAAACACUCCACAUACAAUACUGCGGGGUGUCAACCUUUCAAAUAUAUGCACGCUCAUGGCAAGAAAAUACAUUGGGAUAUCUGAUAAGGCCCCCAAAAGGAAGAUAGGCAAACAAGAUAUGUAAAAUUUGAAAAACGCAUAUCAGAUAUUUUGCUUUGCACCCCCCAGUGAACCCGACACAUGUAUGCAUGGGUGGUAUCGCUGUACUCGGGAGAUGUACCCGAUCACAUAUUGGGGUGUCCUUUGGCAGUAACACCUAACAGGAGCUUAGAAUCUAUGCCCAAAGUAGAAUGUGUGAGUGAAAAAUAACACCACAAAAAUGUUUGACAGAGACUGGUGGUAGAAUUAGUGCUGAAAUGCCACCAUGUGAAAUGCCCUAGGGCGUGUACUUUUCAAAAACAUACGGUUUGACAGAGGUGAAUUACAUUGGCCAGCUUCAGAAAUGUUCCAACCUGGACAUGGGUGCAUGAUGGCCAGCUGUGUUUUAUUUUUCCAUUUUUCAUCAUUUUACUUUUUUUAUUCUAGUAAAUUAUAUGAUGAAAAUAAUGGUAUCUUUAGAAUGAACAUUUAAUAGCGAGAUGCACAUGGGGCAAAAUGGUAUAUAAUAUGUAUGGGUACAGUAAAUGUGUAAGAGGCAAAUUACAUCUAAACACAACCACUGCAGAAAUGUAGAAAGCCCUGGUCCUUAACGGUAAUAAAAUUGAAAAAUGGCCUGGUCACUAAGGGGUUAAUACCAAAUCCUUUAACACAGUAAAAGAAGAAAAACUACCACAAGAGGACAUAGUCUUAAAUUAGAGGGACAAAGGUUUAAAAAUAAUAUCAGGAAGUAUUACUUUACUGAGAGGGUAGUGGAUGCAUGGAAUAGUCUUCCAGCUGAAGUGGUAGAGGUUAACACAGUAAAGGAGUUUAAGCAUGCGUGGGAUAGGCAUAAGGCUAUCCUAACUAUAAGAUAAGACUAGGGACUAAUGAAAGUAUUUAGAAAAUUGGGCAGACUAGAUGGGCCGAAUGGUUCUUAUCUGCCGUCACUUUCUAUGUUUCUAUAUCAGUUAUAUAUUUUGUAUUGAAUGUGCUAAACUGAUUGUUGGAAUUGCAUUUAAAAAAAAAACAAAAAAAACCUCUCCUAAAUUGGUUCCAACAAAGUUUGAAAUGCAGACAUUCAGUCUGCUCAAGCCUCUGCUUCCCAAAUCCGGCUAAGAAAAAGCCUAAAUCAUGGGUAUUGUAUUACGCAGGCUGUGUAUCUAUGUGAACAGACUCUCUGCGGCCACUAAAGAUGGUAGCCUGUAUAAACUAGCCUCCAUGGGAAAAAAUGUGUUUCUCAAUUUACUGGGCUUGACUUCAAUGUCUGGUACAGCUCUGCAGGCCUCUCGAUCGUGGGACAUAUCCACCAUGGUCACUUUUGUACCCUGCACUGCCACAGAUACGGGAUGAAAUGGUUUAUUGUUACUGACUGUUUGUUUUGCCAUUUUUUUUCUUUUAAGAAAGGGCUUGUAUGGCAAUUGCUACUUGUGAUUCACUCACUAUGCAGAAUGUCCCCAUCCUGUAAAUUUGUUGAUUACUACAAUGCUUCUGCCUUACAGGCACCUAAUUUAUUUUGUUUUUUUUGUACACCCGCCCCUCAAGGUUAUGGAGCAUUGUCAACAGCCUAAAUACUGAAUCUUCUGAUUAAGAAUUCCCUUUACCAGAGGAGUGCAGUUUUGGUUGCUUGAUAGGGAACCGUUCAGGAGCAAUCUAAGGUUUUUCCUUUGCAUCCACAUUAAAGGCUUUGAUUCUCAGGGAAGCUUUUUCAUUUCCUAACACUAAAAACCUCUUAACCUUCAGUAGGCUAGAUGCUAUGGAAGAUUGUUUUGAUUCCUUUUUUUUUUCUCUCUUCAGCAUCUCUAUGCAUAGCACUGAUUACGGGUUUUUCAGUGGCAAAGGCACAAACGUUUGCUGGAAGAAUUUGGAAAGAUUUUUGCGGGUAAAUCCAAAAACUGUCAUUCCAUUUGAACCAGGCGGAAAUGAAGGAUGCCAGACGGUUCUCACAGUUCGGUUCUAGAUCUCAAGACAAGAUUUGGAAACAAAGUCUGUAACUCUGGCUACUAUAGUCUGAGUUGGCUUAAUAAUAGCUAGUUUCAAAAGCUAAGCAGACUUGUCCCGGAUUUGUUUCUGGAUAGGAGACCAGUCGUUUCUUACCAUAAGGUGAAAUUAGGUUUAAAUCAGAACCCAUUAAAGAUUCCUAAGCUUUGCAAUCAACUUCCGGUGACAGACUCUGCAUUAUCAGUUCAGACCUUUUCCUUUGGUCUUUCCUCAGCACCAAGAGUAUUUUCUAAGAUUCUGGUAGCUAUUGCAGCAGGCUCUAUCCCAGUGGUCAAUUGGGCAAAGUCCAGAGGAGACCUCUUCAAAGAAGCCCUUUAAACUUCUGGAACAAGCAAACGUACAGCUUGGACAUACCCAUGAAACUCCACAUUCAUGCUCUGAAGAGAUUUGUUGGUUUUUUUUGUUUUUCUGGUAGACCUCGUCCCGUUUACUGCAGUCAGGUUUUUUCUUUCCAGAUGAUGUUCAGAAUUUUACGACUGAUGCCUCAGGUCUUGGCUGGGGUUCUCAUAUGGGUGAAAUGAAGAAACAAGGAAUUUGGCUGGGAAAUAUUGAUAAGUUUAUCCAACUACAUAGAACUGGUCAACAAGGUCAACUUGUUUGAAAUAUCUUUGUUCCAGUAUAUGCUGUGGUCAGAGUUUUCCUUCUGUCUAUUCAACUAUAUACAUGAAAGUAGUAUUCAACAUUAUAGCAGACGCUCUGAGUCGUCAACAUUUAAUACAAGCAGAUUGGUCCUUUUCUCCCAGAUCUUCGGUCAGAUAGGGCACUUCGGUUAUCCAGAUAUAGUCCUGAUGGCUUCUAGAUCAAGAAAACAUGAACAUUACAAUUAGGCAUACUGGCCUUGGAAGACACAACUUUGGGCGCAAGGUAUUACAUGCAGUUGUGAAAUGAGACCUGCCCUUAGGGGAUUGCUUUGGUUAUCCCUGUUGUAAAGCACUGCCUCUAAUCUGAAGGGGAAAGCAUAACCCCCCGAUUUUCUAACUGAAUAAGUUGUGCAGUUAUCCGGAUUUUGUAUUUUCUGGGGCUGUCUUAGGUAAGAGCCACUUUAUAGUGCCAAAGGUUAAUUGGAGGAGGUUCUUGAAAAUUUUUGGGAUUGCCUGCCUGUUUUUUCCCUCCAGAUUAGAAAUCCCCUGUUGUAAAGCACUGCCUCUAAUCUUCAGGAAAAAAUCUUACGUAAACAUGUAUACUUUCUCUGAAAAAAACAGUUUACUGCAAAAAGCCUAGAGGGACAGAUUAUACUCACCAGAACAAAUACAAUAAAGAAUUUUAUAUUUUGGUGACUAGUGUCCCUUUAAUAUACUUAAUAUCCAUUUUUAUUUUACAGUGAUUUUUAGUUUGGUAAAUUAGUGGUUUAAUUUUGUGGUAUUCUUUGAGUUUUUAGGAAACACUAGACAUGUUUUAAAGGUCAUGCUUUACUUAGAUGGAUAAAAAUAACAAUAUACCAUUAGGGUCAUGAUUUGUGAUACCAUUUACAUUUGUUUUUUAUUAAUAUCAAGUUCGCACAAAUAGCAAAGUUCUCUCUAGCUACACUUUGAGGUAACCUCAAUUCCAUUUAUCCCAACAGGAUUACCAGAGGAUGUAAACUUGACUGAAUUUGCCAGAGUCUGUGGUCACUCCGCACAUUUGUGUCCUAAACCUCUAACCCUCCUGACUGCUCUGUUUUCAAACCCGGAUGCUGUGAACAAAUUGGAACUGCGGCUGAAGAUUUCAAAGGAGGAGAAGAACCUUGCCCUAUUUUUACUGAAGCAACGCAACGAGCUGACUGCUGACUCCAGAGAUUCAGAACCUCUGAAACCCUACCAAGACUAUGUGAUUGAUGUUAGUAUUAUUCUGUAAUCCAGUGACAUAACUUCACAAUGUUUUUCUGGAUAUUAAUAUGUAUUUUGUCUCACUUUUGAAUGCUGUCCUUUAUUGUCUAUUUAACCUUACCCUAAUAGCAUUCCCUCUUUCUUUUAGUCUCGGGAGCCUGACGCACAUAAAAAAAUAUGUGAAUUGCUUAAAUACCAGGGGGAAGAAAAAAUGUUUAAAGACAUGGAAUGCUGGACCCUUCCUCGCUUUCCAGUCAGUGGACAUGACUUGAGACGAAUGGGUAUAAAUUCAGGAAAAGAACUCGGCAAGAUCCUUAUGGAGCUUCGAGAACGCUGGAAGGAAAGCGGGUACAAGUCUAGCAAAGAGGAACUUUUGAAUAGUGUUGUACGUGAGCAGGAUUCUUGACUAAUGGAAAGAACAAAGAAAAAGCAAUGCAGCAUGUCCAGGAUCACAAGAUUAUACAUUGUACAGUGUAUCUCAGUCUGAACUAUACACACACACACACACACACACACACACAUAUAUUUCCUUGCAGAUCUUUCACUUACUAUUCAAUCCGUAAUCCAUUUAUGUUACAUCUUAAUACGACAUUCAAUUGUUUUAUGUUUUUCCACAGUGGUCAUGUAUCGAGAGCCAGAAUAAAAGCUACUUGAUUUUUCAAUAUUUACACAUUUUGGUUUAAUAAUCAUUUAUAGAAUCUCAACAGUAUGUUUUUCGCAGUGCAAUAAUAACAAGUGAUACAAAAAAAGCAGUCUUCACCUCUCCCCGCCGAUUUUUGUGUUUCAAAGUAAGGGUUCAGAAAGUGGGUUCUAAACUUCAAACACACCAGGUCUAAGAUGUCUCACCAAGAUGCCAACAAAUCUCAUAAACCUAUACAACUGUGCUAAUAUUAUAUUAACGUGUCAUUUCCUGUUUAUCGUUUCUACAUAUCAUUACUUAGACCUGCGCCAUUUUUCGCAGUUCCACUACGCCAUCAACAACCAACAGGCUACCCGGUCCCCAGCAUUCAGUACCAGGUAUUUUUUUUAUCUUACUCACUACGAUUACGUUCUCCUUAAGGCCUCACUUCGCCUUCGUAUCAUUCAAAAGAUUCACAUCUGUGGGAACCCAGGAGCUUGUCGCUAAUUAUGGACCAAUGUUCAGGUCCCUCAGCCUACACAGGCUUACAUUACAGUAUCUCUGAUACACACUUACCCAUACGUUCUACAUUUUCACACUUGACACACCAGUGGCACGCCUCAGGCCCACUAGCAUCUCCUUCACCCUUGGGUUUCUGGAUCGAGCCCAUUUCCUGCAGAAGCAAAUAUAGAGACAUAUCAAAGUCUUCCUGUGCUUUGUCCAAACAAACAGAACUAAUACUCAAGGUUAGUAUUUACAUACGUUCAAAUACAUCAUUCCAAGAGACAAGCCCCAUUAGUUUAGAGAACUGGCUCAUAGGGUUAGGUUCUGGCCUUAGCUAUCAAAGUUAAUACCCGGUCGAGAGGUCUACACCCCACCUCAUACACGGAGGUUCAGCCCCACGACCAAAUCAUAUUUAGCCACCUCGCUCGCCCUUCUUUAGGGCUACA